AUGCCUGUUGCUCUUCGCAGUGAGUUGGGCUACCAGUACCAGCAGACCAAUGCUCCUCCGCUCAACAGCUAUGGAGCUGCAGCUCAGGACUAUGGCAACGAAGCAGCCUCUGGGGAUGCUGGCUAUCCAACAUUAGCUAAUGAACACUACGAGGACCAUGCCGAUUUCCACAAACAUUUCUAUGCCUUCGAGGCGCCCUACGACUCCAGCGAGGAGGCGGACCAGGUGGAGACCAAGUUGGCCUCCCUCUCGCAGAAGAACCUGCAGGUGGUGUUCAUCAAGGCGCCGGAAAACAAGGCCGUGGUGGGUGCCCUCAACGCACUGGCCAAGCAAACCACCGAUGAUAAGACCGCCAUCUAUGUGCUGAACAAGCAGACGGACUCGAACGAACUGGCAAGCCAACUGAGCGUCCUGAAGACGCAGCACAAACACAAGCCCCUAGUUCAUUUUGUCAAAUACAGGACGGAAGCGGAGGCACUUCAGGCACAGCAGCACAUUCAGGCGCAGUACGGCGGGACGGGCUCCCCGCAGGUCGCAGCACAGGCAUCCUCAUUGGGCUACUAUCCGGAGCAGCAGCCACAGCCGGAACAGGAGCAGGAGCAGGAGCAGGGCUAUUAUCCAGAGCCACAAUCACCUUACCUGCCACCAGCUCCACAAUCGAGUUAUCUGCCACCACCAGCAGCAGCAUAUCUCCCGUCUUUGCCCAACUAUGCCUCCAUUGCUCAGGGCUACAAUGCGGCGGGAGCUGGGUCCACACUGGGGCAGAUCGAUCUGCCACCGCUGCCUGAGCCGCAGCAGGAUCUCGGCUCCAACUACGACGAUUUAGACGAACGAUCUGGCAGAUCGCUUCGCACUGGAUUCCGAGCGAACGAGCGACGCCGCUCGGGCAGUCGCAUGGUCUUUCCCACAGAAUUAAGCUCCUCCAACUACUACCGCUCCCAGCAAGCCUCCAGGCGCCGCAGACGCGCUCAUCACUAG